AUGGGCUGCAAUAUUUCUAACAGGGUCUCUGUCGCACAGCUGUCUUCUGAGGAGCUACAGAACAACCAGGAAGCCAAAAGCCAGACUAAAAGUGACAGCAUUGCUGGGACAGAGGCUGUCCCCUCACAGGAUGGGGCAGCUUGGCCAAUGGGCACUUCAAAGGAUGGAGCCAAAGUUGAAGAUGAGACCAGUGAGGGAGACUCCCCUGAGGAACUACCAGAAAGAUUUACAUCAUCUCAGAAAAGCAGCAAUGCACAAAGCACAGACACACUGCUCACCAGCGAGUUCAUCAGUAAAUCAUGGCCCUUACAGGAAACAGAGAGGCAAAAAUCAUCAGACAUUCUUGAGGAGCUGAGGAUGCAGGGAAUCAUCAAGAGCCAAAGUACCACUGCCAGGACUGGAGAAGUGUAUGAAAACAAGAGAGAUGCCCUGGAAAAGACACUGAAGAAACCACCAGCUAGGCUGGAAAAAAUUCAGUUUGGAAACAAGGAAGUGGAUGAUUUUACAGCGAAGGACAUGAAGACUUCUGCUGAAGCAAAAAAACAGGUUAGGGAAGAGGAACUGAACAAAAUGCCACAACACUCACAUUUUUUUCCAGCAACUGCCCACCAAACUACAGGGAAACAGACUGAAAAGGACUGCCCAAGUUUUGAAAGUUAAGGAGGUACGGACACCCCUCAGCCUUCACCUGUAGCCGGUGAGCCAGGGGUACUGCUGAAGGAAAUAACUGCAGUAGAAGCCACGAACAAUUAUACUGAGGACCCUGUCAUCGAGUCUGAUUGUUUCAUUGGUGCUGUUAUAAGUUAUCAAUCUGGCUCUAAGCUGUCCUGCAAAAAUGAAGAACUCCUCUGCUCCCUGCAGCUGUCUUUUUUUGGGGCACAAUUCGCCUUCUCUCCAGCAUACAGGGGAGUCACUAGUCUUCAUCCUGUCCUCACUGCACUUCAGUUCUCUACACCGAAGAAUGUUCCAUUUAAAAUAGCAGUCCUUGCUGCUGGACCACCAAAAUUCUCCCAUUUCAAGGCCCAUGUGUGA